AUGAAUUUGUAGCAAUGGGCAAGUGGAUUUAAGUGUAUGUUAGGACAUUAAUAAAAUGAAUAUAUGCUUUGUAUAUCACCAUAAUGUCCUUAAGUUCGUAGAUUGAUAUGUCGAGAUUAUUGUAUUCCAUAUUACCAUAGGAAUCAUAGAGUGAUGUAAUUGUCCUAGAUUGAAGAUUUUUUGAAUUAGUUUUUGAAUAUGAAAUAGCCUCAUUUACAUGAAUCAAUAGAAGAGAUAUUAGAGGAGAUAGAGAAUUUGAGAAUUGAAUUGAAUAAAAUAAUCGAUGGUAUAGUAGAUAAGAUAAAGAGACAUUUUGGGAGAUUUAGUUAUUAAGCUUAGAAGUAUGCAUAGGAAUUUUAAUUUGUUUAAGAGCCAGAGAGAAUUGAAUAGUUAUCAAAAGAAUUAAUAGAGAUAGCAACAUUGAAAUAAGAUUAAUUAAAAAUAAAGAUAGUUAAACCUUUAUAGUAAUUGACAGUAAGUAAUUUAUUGAAAGAGUGUAUUUAAAAGUUGAGUACUUUUGCAAUAGGAAAUAAUGAAGUAAAUUCUGUAAAGCCAGAGAAUUUAGUAGGAGCAUUCAAUAAUCAUAUUCGUUCAAUAUAAAGUGAUGGAGAGGUUUGGUGUUUAUAACCAACAAAGGGAGGGGAAUUAAUAAGUGGAGGAGAUGAUAAUAAGAUUACAAUAUGGAAUAUGAAUACUUUGGAAAAAUAAUGGGUUUCUAAGAAACAUCGAGCUAUUAUAACAUCAUUAGCUAUAACAUCUGAUUCUAAGGUUUUAGUUAUGGGAAGUUCUGAGGGGUAUAUAAAAUUUAUUGAUAUGGAGACAAAAAAAUUUAUUAAAAAGUUAAGAGGUCAUACAGAUCAUGUAAGUUCAUUACAUUUUAAUUUUUUGAAUAAUCGUUUAUUAUCUUCUGGUUGGGAUGCAAACUUAAUUAUGUGGAAUAUUGAUUAGAAAGGGAUUGUAAUGAAUCUAUUUAAAAAGGAACAUGAAGCUAAAAUUUAUUGUGUAUAAUAUAGUUAUGACAAUUAAAUAAUAGCAUCUUGUUCAUUAGAUAAAACUAUUCGUCUUUGGGAUAUACAUGGAUUGGCAUAAAUUGGAUAACCAUUAUUAGGUCAUUCUGAAAAAGUGGAUUGGAUUUAAUUUAAUACAUAAUAUCUAAUAUCUUGUAGUUAAACAGAAAAAAAUAUUAUUGUUUGGGAUUAUCUUCAUAGAUAAUAACUUUGGAAUUUUAUACCAGGAAAUGAUCCUCAUCGUUUUGCUCUUUCUCCUGAUGGAAAAUUGCUUGCUUGUAUUAGAAAGGAGAUUAGAGUAUUUGAAAUAUCAACCAGAUAAUAAAUUGGUGAACCUAUUCCUGGACAUUAAUAUUUUGCUAUGAGUUUCAAUUAUUCACUUGAUGGAAGAUUUCUAGUUUCUGGUUGUUAAGAUAAAACUAUUAGAAUCUAUGGUAUUCCUAAAUGA